AUGGCUGACAAAUAUAGAAGAGUCAAAAAGACUCAAGAUCAACUCCCAGAGAAUGAAAUCAGAGUAAGAGCUGAAGUCGGAAUUGGAAGAUAUCUUAGAAGAGCUAAUGAACUCCUCACUGGCAAGAUCCAAGGCCAAGACUCAGUUGUGAUUAAGGGUAUGGCUAGCGCUAUGGAAAGUGCUGUCAAACUUGCAGAAUUAAUUAAGCACAGAGUAAAGGGAGUGUAUCAAUUGAAUAACAUCGAAACUCAAAGCGUUGUUGAUGAAUACGAACCACUUGAGGAGGGUCUUGAUCACCUCAAGUUUGAGAGAAAGGUUACCAUGAUUACAAUUCUUUUGAGCUUAGCUCCAUUGGAUUAACAAGCUCCAGGCCAUCAAGAGCCAAUCCCAGAUAGCGAAGUUCAAGAAUACAACGAAAGAGAAGACAGACCUCCCAGAGAAGGUGGAGAUAGAAGAGAGAGAUCCCAAGGCAGAAGAGGAGGCAGAGGUGGUUUCAGAAGAGGAUUCCGUGGAGGAUUCAGAGGAGGUAGAGGCGGCCGUGGUGGUUUCAGAGGAGACAGACCAAGAACUGAAGGUGCUGAAAACAGAAACAGAGAUGGAGACAGAGUCGGUCCAAGAAACUAUGACAGACCAUAUAGAGACAACAGAGAAGAAAAACCAUACAGAGAAGAUAGACCAUACAGAGAAGAGAGACCAUAUAGAGAAGAUAGACCAUAUAGAGAGGAUAGACCAUACAGAGAAGACAGACCAUAUAGAGAGGAUAGACCAUAUAGAGCACCAAGAGAAGGUGAUGACCAAAGAAGAGAGAGAAGACCAAGAAGCUCUUAUAGAGAAGAUAGACCACCCAGAGAGGGAGGUUAUAGAGAUAAUUACGAUAGACCACCAAGAGUAGGAGGUGAUAGCUACAGACCAAGAGGCAGUGGCGGCUAUAGAGGAAACCAAGAAGGUGGCAGAGGUGGCUACAGAGGAAAUCAAGAAGGUGGCAGAGGAGGCUACAGAGGUAACCAAGAAGGUGGAUACAGAAGUAAUCAAGAAGGUGGAAGAGGUGGUUAUAGAGGUAACCAAGAAGGUGGCAGAGGUGGCUACAGAGGAAACUAAGAAGGAGGAAGAGGUGGUCAAAGAAACUGA